CCAGAUUUAACAGAAGAAGGCAUAAAAUGAUGGAUAAGAAAUUCGGAUCUUCUAUGAUCCCUGAAUCAACAAGCCGUGUAGUUUUGGAGAAAAGGAAGAAGGAAAGAAAAAUAUUUCAUAUUGCUGGUCCAGUUGAAGACAGGGGAAACUUUGCUGAAAGGGCAGCUAGACUACAAUUACGUCUUCAAUCAUAUCGACAUCCCAACUGGGAUUCUGAAAAGAAUAUUUAUGACUUAGCGUAUGCAGGAUUCAGGUAUACAGGGGAGGGAGAUCGAGUUGAAUGUGAUUUUUGUUUAAAACGAGUUUUUAAAUGGUCAAAAGAAGACAAUCCUCUAGAAACUCAUUUACGAAUAGCACCAGAAUGUCCCUUUAUAGUAGAACUUGGCUAUACCUUAGAUCACCAAAUUCCCAAAUAUAGACGAUAUAGUCAUUAUAAAAAACGAUUUGAAUCAAUGUCUGUUGUCCCAGAGCAGUACCGAAACGAAUUACCAUCUUUUGAAUCUUUGGCACGGUCAGGGUUCUUCUAUCAAGGAACAUUAGACAGAAUGAGUUGCUUCCAUUGUGGCUUAGUUUUAAGAGAUUGGGAAAAAGACACGAUUCCUAAUGAAGUUCACGAACAGUUUCAGAAAAAUUGUCUUUUCUUAACAAAUUUAUUAGAAUUUACUAGACAUGGACAACUUGUAGAAAUUGUGGUAAAAGAUAGUAGUAAUAAUAGAAGAUUUAUGAAGCAGAUACAGACAAGUAAGAACAAUACAAGCUCCAAUAAUACAGGGCAAUUGCAAUUAAAAAACAUUGGUGAAUCAACUAGUCAACACACAUCUACAGAAGUAACAGACAGUAGAUCAUCUUCAUCUUUUUAUUCUAAAGCACAGAAGUUAGGGAGUGAAAAUCAACCAACAAUUCCCAGACAACCUACAGAAAUCAGACAUCUACGACGUAUUGGCAAAUAUGCUCAUCUAACCAAACAAGAGUUUGAACGAAUAGAAGCAGAUAUGGUUGAUGGCAGACGACGCAGUGAAAGACCACCACAACUCUCACCAAACUUUCAAUCUGCUGUCAUUUCUAAAGCAGAAUGUGUGACGUCAAGUACAGCGUCCAAUCCAGUCAUUACGCCAAUAGAGGAAGCGGUUCAUGAAAUGGGUUAUAGUUUGGAACUGAUAUAUCAAGCUAUUAAUGAAAGAAGAGAUAGAGGGGAGGGAGACUUUCCUGAUGCUACAGCAUUAUGUUUAGCAGUUAUGGAUUUGGCAGAGAAAAGGAGAAUCUAA